AUGACAAUAAAAACCUACAAAGAUCAUGAAGAAUUAACAGAUGACGAAUUUAAAAAAUUAAAAGAACUGGUCAUGAACGUUGGAUGUACAAUUUUAACAAAAUGUGGUAAAUUUAUAAAAGGAGCUAACGUAGAAAAUGCAUCUUACGGAGCAGGAGUUUGUGCAGAAAGAACAACAAUAAGUAAAGCAAUUACUGAUGGAUAUAAAGAUUUUAAAGCAAUUGCAAUAUCAGGAGAUACUGAAAAUCCAAUAGUUCCAUGUGGGAUAUGUCGACAAUUUAUACGAGAAUUCAAUAAAAAUAUUGUAAUUUUUUUAUUUAAUAAAGAAGGUGAGUUUAUAAAAGUUUAUUUAAAUGAAUUAUUACCUUUAAGUUUUGGACCUGAAGAUCUUGGUAUUAAUACAAAUUAA